GAUGUGUCGCAGCUGCGGCCCACGCUGAUAAAACGGUUGUACUUAAGAACAUGAGAUGCAAAGUCACUUCCUACAGUCUGCUCAAACUCCAGCCUCUGUGAUGAUCCUCUGUGCUGACAUUCAACCGCGCGUGUAGGCUAGCUGACAUGCUUCAGAGGAAAUGACCAGAAACUCUUAAUCGUGAAUGAAUCAUUGAAAACAAGAGCGAGCUGGAUGCAGUUUGAGAGUUUGCAGAUAGGUUUUAGACACCUCAGCCUGCGACAACAGGAAGCGAGAGAAAGAGCGCCGCCGACAGAACUGAAACCUGCGUCGAUCAAGGUAAAAGCUGUUUUUCGUUUGACAGUUUUAUUCGCUAUUUUGUUUGAAUAUGAGUUUGGAAAACUUCGAGGAGGCCUACUUCAUUCUGCUAAAAACCUAAUAAAUAAACACAAACUGUGGGCUACAGGCUACACCUUUUCAUCGCUGGUUAUGAAGAAAAUCUUAUUUCAUAGAUGGAUGACAUUAUACAAAAGACUGAAACAUUCAUCUGUAUUUUCAAAGAGCUUCAACCCCACCAUGUUCCCCGGCUAUCUGUGAACUGAGGUGAUGGAGAGCCCGUCGUCCACAGUGAGGCGGCGAGCGUGGAUCAACAGCCACCGGCAGUGGCUCACUCUGGAGGAACUGGACCCUGAUGGGCCGCCCUGCAACCUCCCCUCUGCCUCUAUAGCAGACGAUGAUGUCUUUUCUGACGGAUGCUUCACAGGAAAGAUUGAGAACUGGCUCCAGGGUUGUGGGCCGCAGGCACACUCAGAAAACACUGGUCAUCUGAGUUUUGAGUCUGUGCUGAAAGCCAACAACUUUGACGAUGAGCUGAGUCUUGGUGCUGAUGCUUCUGUGUUAAAUGGCGGAAAAACUACAUUUGAAGCUGGCUUCACACGACAUCCUUCCUCCAAACAAGGUCACAGCAGACCCAUCAGCAGUACCCCUCGUCAGGCACUAUGUCUACCAUCACUGAACUUGGGCCACAGCAUGGCCUCCAGCUGCCUCUCCUCCUCCACCUGUAAAACUACAUCAAGUGUAUCGGAAAUCCUGCAAUUGUGUUCGGAGGAUGCAGAGGAGACGCUGUACGAGCUGGGUUUCGGCUGCGAAGAGCCACAGGUUACCGUUCGCAUUCCUCCUCGCUUCUUCACCUUCCCCUCUCUGGCACAGGGCAUCAAUUUCCGCCUCUUCCUGGACUCGCAGCUACGGCGGAUACGAGAGGAAGACCCCAGCCUCUCUCUUGCUAGUCGUUUCAGACAAGUGCAAGUACUCACGGCAAUGGCCAACGCUUUCUACUCCCUCUACUCUCACGUGUCCCGCACUCCUCUACAGAAAUUGGCUACGCCAGAGUUCACCUUCUCUUCAUCUCCCGUGGAGAGGAUCGAACGCUUCAGGAGCAGCGUCCGCAGCGAGCCACGUUCUCCGGUGGAGAGGCUAAAGGACACCGUCUCCAAGAUGUGUCUCUACACAGGCUCUCCUCGUGGGUCAGACUCCACCUCUCCGCAGCCCUCACCCCACAAAAGGUCCAGCCUCCCUGAUGUUGUGGAUAUAGUCCUGGAGAAAGUUAAGUGUGGGACUACCAGGAAACUGGAUUUGGGGGAGUAUAAUAGGAGUAAUUCAGCUGGGGAUGUUGAGCUGGUCAAGGAUGAUUAUAAAUCCUGUAUCAGCGGGAAAGAGGAGCAAACACAGCAGACCGUGGCUGACACAGAGACUCUUCAAAAUGGAAAUAAAAUCUGUCAUAAGGAGAUGCAGGGCAGCAAACAAACUAAUGUUGAUGCUGAUGAAAACAGCAUCAAGGCAGCAGACCUUGACAGCAGGAUUUACAGUGUAAGAACAUCUCUUGCGUCAUCAUUGUCAGGAGAAACUGUGAUAGAAACAGAUUAUCGGUUUCUUUCAUGUCAGCCAGACCUGGACUCAUGUUCAACUCAAAGUGACACAAGGACUGCUGAUCUGAAACCAGUUGCCAAGGUUACGUAUGAUCUAAUCUGCCCACAGAUAAUCGAGAGUGUACACCAGGCGCCUUUCUACACACACAGUCUGAAAACAAACACUUUACCUCUUAUCUCCUCUGAGACAGAAAGCAAAGAUAGACCCUGUUCUGGAUCACAUAAACCCCAUAUACCAACUGAUAUCACUGAGCCUGACGAGGACUCACACACAGGAGACGUUGCAUCUUCAGGGGAAGCCAGACAGCUGGAUGCAUUCAGAUCCCUUCCUGUCCUGGCCCCCAAUGGUAGCUCCACCCAGUGCUGCAUCACUGUGACUGGCUGGUAUGAGAACGAUGUCUCUUCCUGUUCCUUGAAUGCACCAGAUUCCAGUCAUACUUCAACUGUCCCAACUGUCCAGACAUGUGAGGAGUCAUUUAAUGAGGGGAAAAUCCAGUACCUCAAUCCACUGACACAUCAGGACCUGGGGAACGUCUCCAAAAACCUGCAACAGGUUAACUCCUUUGAGCUGGAAGAGGUGCAUAGUGCAGGAGAGGAAGAUUUUGGACAAUCAGAAACAAGAACAAUAACCUCCCCAUUGUCCAAACAAAAAUGUCAAUACAAAGGUGAAGUGGUCCGGGGCGACAGCAUGCAGUCAGACAGCAGUGGCUAUGCAGACGAAGAAGUCAGCCCCUCAUCAAACACACAUAGCAGAUGACAGAAAACCCAGAACUCCAUAGAAACAAUGUUCAAAGUAGUGUCUUCUCACUUGUGUCACUUCUGACUUUUUUUCUGCACUGGAGUUUCUACAACUAAGGAUUUGGAAAGUGCAUCCAGUCAAACAGGCCCAAAAGAUUAAGAUAUGGUACUGUCAGAGACUUGGUCCCAUGUGAAACUUUCAGAGGCCUUACACUUUAGAAGCUUUUUAUCCAAUAAGAAAAGGUCCAGACAUGCAAAGCAAUAAGUUUCUCCCCAGUGCUCGUACUGAAUACAGAAUAUUGUAAAUACAUCAACAUAAAAAACUGUUCAAAGGUCUUGAUGAAA